AUUACUCAUUUCUAUUUCCUCAUUCAUUACGUUUCUUCUUCAAACUUCUUUACACGCUAUAAUGGCCGUUCAAGCUCAAUACCCUUCCAAUAUCCUCUUCUUAAACAGAGGUGGAGGAGAGGGGCAUGAAUUAUCAUUGCAGCAACAAGCAGGUGGUGCUUUUCUCAAUCAAUCCCAUAUGUUGUUCAACAAUACAAAUAGUAUUAAUCCCAGGAAAAGAGCAAGGGAAGUUACAGCAAUCAAUUCGUUUUCUUUGCAAAUGCAACCGCCGCAGUUGAUAGAGCUUUCCCAGCUCCACCGGCCAAAUGUCGUCUCCACCGGCCUCCGAUUAUCUUUCGGCGACCAAAGACAACAAAGUCUGAAUCAAAAUAUUCAAGACCAACAACAACAAAAUCUUGUUUCCAGCUCCACUGGUUUUUUGUCCGAUGAUUUGGCUGCCCAAAUCAAAUAUCAGAGAGAAGAACUGGACCAAUUUCUUGAAGCCCAGGGAAAAGAAUUACGCCGUACGUUAGCGGAGAAAAGGAAUAGGCACUUCCACGCGCUUCUGGUGGCAGCGGAAGAAUCGGUGGUGAGGAGGCUAAGGCAGAAAGAAGCAGAAGUGGAGAAAGCAACGCGCCGGAACGCUGAGUUGGGGGCACGCGCAGCGCAACUAAGCGUGGAGGCGCAGGUUUGGCAAGCGAAGGCCCGGACACAGGAGGCAACGGCGGUUUCGUUACAAGCGCAGCUCCAGCAAGCUAGCGGGGCUGCGUUGGCACAAAAUAGCAAGAGAGGAGAUGAUGGGUUACAGAGCGGCGGAGGAGUGGAAGGGCAGGCGGAGGACGCCGAAUCGGCUUACGUGGACCCCCAACGGAUGGCAGUUUCGGGACCGUCUUGCAAGGCGUGUAGGACACGUGUCGCCUCCGUGCUGCUGCUUCCGUGUCGGCAUCUUUGCCUUUGUACAGAGUGUGAUCGAGUGGCGCAAGCUUGCCCGCUUUGCCUCGCCGUUCGGGAUUCUAGCGUUGAGGUUUUUUUUUCUUAAUUAAAAAAAUCAAAAUAACCGUGGAGUAUAAUAAUAAUUUUUGGAAUUUUCUCUACCUUUUUUAUUUAAUUUCCUUUUUGGGGUCUGUUAGUUAUUAGUUUUUUUACCAAAGACCCAUAAGUUUUACCUUUUUCUUCUACUUGCUUCACAAUAUACAUGGGCCACUUGGGUAGUGGCAUGUCUUUCUCUUUAUCUACUCUUCUUUUUUAUUU